CAAAAUUGUUGGAUAAUUAGGGUUCAAAUUUUUCUUGUUCAUUCAAAAAACCAACCCAGAAGAGAAAGGAGAUCUUACUUUUUAAUUUGGACUAACUGAUUCUGAUGAGGUAACAUGAAUGUUGUACUUGAGAAUCUGGUAAGAAGACUGAGACCCCUUGUGGGCUCAAAAGCGUGGGAUUACUGUGUUGUUUGGAAAUUAAGCGAAAAUCAGAGGUUUAUAGAGUGGGUGGGUUGUUGUUGUGGUGGAAGUGAGAGGAUUAACAUUAAUGAAGAUGGUGUAGAAGAAGGAUUACUCCAUUGUCACGGUCAAUCUCAAGUGCUUUCUUGCAGGGAUGUUAUGGUUGAUCAUCCAAAUUCCAAAUCCUGUGAACUUCUUUCCCAACUUCCUUCUUCCAUUCCCUUAACUGACUCUGGGAUUCAUGCACAGACUCUGAUAUCUAAUCGACCCAGUUGGCUAUUCUCCCAUAAUUCAGAUUCAGAUCACAGUAUAGAGGUGAUCAAAGAAACAGUUGGGACAAGGGUAUUUGUCCCUGUGAUUGGAGGACUAAUUGAACUUUUUGUUACCAAACAAGUAUAUGAAGAUCAAAAUGUGAUAGACUUUAUCAUAUCACAAUGCAACAUUUCAACGGAGCAGGAAACAUUAAUCAUGAAUUCAAGGAACAUGGAUUCGAAUUUCCAAGUCACAAUUAGUAAUUUACAGUAUUCAUUGGAUGAACUUGAAUCAAAACCUUUUCUACCAAAUGAUCAAAACGAUCAUGAUGAUCCGAAUGACAUGAAUCACCAUGUUCAUCAACAACCAGUUUCUUCUGCAACUGAAAACAGUAUCUUGACCGGUUUGGCAGCUUGUGAGAAUAUCUCCAUUGAUAGACUCCAUUUAUGCAGCCCUGAUCCAAUGGACCUCUUGCAGCAAUUCAAUUACUCUAAUUCAGAUCAUAAAAUGAGUGAUGCGGCUGCUGCAUUUUUUGAAGUACAUGAUGAUCAGAGCUCAUUUGCUUCUGAUAAGGCCAUGAUCAAUAUCCACCCUUUUAAGUUGGAUGACAAUAAUAAGCUUCAAGACAAUUUUGAUCAUCAUGACACUUCAACAACUAAAGAUCAUCAUCAUCAUCAUCAUCACCAACAUCACCAACAAGGAAAUGAGAUCAAACAAGAGAAUGGUCGGUCUGAUUCCAUCUCUGAUUGCAGUGACCAAAAUGAUGAUGAAGAUAUCGAUGCAAAGAAUCGAAGAGGCAAUGGAAAAGGGCAUCAAGCCAAAAACCUCGUUGCAGAGAGGAAGAGAAGGAAGAAACUCAAUGAUAGGCUGUAUGCUCUUCGCGUGUUGGUUCCCAAAAUUUCAAAGCUGGACAAGGCAUCUAUUCUUGGGGAUGCAAUUGAAUAUGUGCAAGAGUUGCAGAAACAAGCAAAAGAACUACAAGACGAGCUUGAAGCUCAGAAUGAGUCGGAUGAUGAUGAUGAUGAUGAUGGCGCUUCCAAGCGGACAGGCAUGGUAAAUGGCAACCAUAACAUGAUUAAUGAGUCAGAGAUUUUCAACCAACACGGAAUUAUGAACAUUGGAUCUAAACCUGAUCACCAUGUCAAGGCUCCAAAUGGGCUAAUUCAUGUGGGUGCAUCAUCAUGCAUCAAUAAUGAAUCUCAUGUGUUAAAAGAAAGUCUUCAAGACUCUGAAAUGACCAGUGACAAGGGACAACAAAUGGAGCCUCAAGUAGAAGUGUCGCAAAUAGACAGGAAUGAGUUCUUUGUGAAGGUAUUUUGUGAGCAGAAACAUGGAGGGUUUACAAGAUUGUUGGAGGCUCUGGAUUGUUUAGGCCUUGAAGUAACAAAUGCUAAUGUAACAAGCUUUAGAUGCCUUGUCUCCAAUGUUUUCCAAGUUAAGAAAAGAGAGAGCGAGAUGGUUGAAGCAGACGAUGUAAGGGAAUCGUUGCUCGAGGUAACACGAAACCAGUGGAGAGGAUGGAUGCCUGAGAUGGCCAAGGCUAGAGAUCAUCAUCACCAUUAUCACCAUAGUCACCACAACAAUUUCCUAAUUCAAAAUCACCAUCUGCACCACUAUCAUAAUUAGUCCUUAUGUAUGAUCAGUAGCAACAUUAAUUUAGUCAAAACAUGUUUAACAUAUUUGAUCUUUUCUUGUUACUUCCUGAAAAUUUCUCCUUUUUUUCUA